AUGCGUCAAGAUUCAAGAAGGCAAUAUCCAAUCUCCGACUCUAAAAGAAAGUUAUGCAACAGAGUCGAAAACAUUUUCACGGAGCGGAACGACCUGCCUAUAUGGAGUAGAAAGUUGGAACGACAUUUCGAUGGGUCGUACUCCUAUGCUUGUGUGAGAGCUCGACCUAGACGCCAACUUGAGUUCAGUCAUCUAGAGCUUGGCUCCAAAGAAACUUUCGUAGGGAUUUAUGAUGGCCACAAUGGUUCCAAGGUAGCUUCGCAUGCUUAUGAGAAUCUUUUUUAUCAUUUAACUGAUAACAUUUUAAGGGAGCGAAUUGUCGACGAAGAGAAGAUGACUCAAGCAGUAGAUGCCAUGGAGAACCAAAUUAUAGCGCUUUCAAGGGAGGAUAUAACCCAAAAGUUUGCCACUGUUGGAUCAUGUUACUUGAUUGUUUUAAUAUACAAGGACCUACUUUAUGUUAGAAAUCUUGGUGACAAAAAAUACGUUCUUGGACGUAAGUAUGGUAGCACAUUUGUUACGGACCAAGUUAACGAUGUUGAUAAUCUUCAAGAUGAACCUGUCACUAAAUGUUUAGAGGAUAAUUAUCUCAAGUAUGAUGAUUGUGCAGUUCAAGCCCCCGAUUUAGUGCGUUUUCAUAUUCCAGGACCAACGAGUAGGCCUUACCUUACUGCUGAAGUGCAAAGCCCAACACAGACAGGUAGACUCCUUAGCAGGCCAGCAAAAUUUGUCAUAAUUGCUUCAAAUGGCCUUUGGGACUUUUUUCUAAUGAAGAGGCGAUGA